UUGGCUCAGCUCGGAGACGCGUUUCGCCUCCAGGCUUAGAGGUGGAGGCUCAUGGCGAUGCCAGCAGAAAGGAUCGAUCAACCGGACUUUGCGGUGAACGCGAAACUGUCAGAAACGCGCAGAGCGAAGUUGAUGGACUUGAAGAAACGAGAGGACUUGAAGGAUCAGCUGACAGAGAAGUUCAAGCACCGUUUUGGACAUGGAGGAAACAAGGAAGCGGAUGAGGUUUCCGUCAAUUCUGCGACCAUCAGGAAAGAAGUCGAGAGCUUCGCGCGCAAGGCGCCGAUCACAGAGACGAAUUUGGAUCGCCUGGAGCGGCGCAUUCAGAGCCGAGCACACGGCAAGACCGGUGACAAUGCAUCGACUGUGAGCAAAGCCAUCAGUGGUGUGUCGCAGUAUACUGGGCUCAGUCAGAGAAGCAAGAGUGCAACGUCUCUGGUUGGUAAGAGCCUGGUGGCUCCACGCAAGCACGACUGGUCAAAGUUGGAUGAAUACGCAUCGUACUUGCAUGAGCAGGAUGCGCUUCGGCAGAGGUUGGGUGUUCAGGCCCUCCAAAGGAAGAUGAAAUUGGAUCUUGAUGCGCAAGUUCAAGACAAGUUGAAAAGGAGAGACGAGGCGUUGGAAGAGGAAAAGCGACACUAUGAGAACACCUUGUUGGAAUUGGAGCGGUGGAAGCAGCAAGAAAAGGAGAGGGAAGACGAGCGACAUCAGCGAGUCUUGAAAGAAAAGGAGGAUCGCGAUGAGCAGCUUCGCUAUGAGAAGCUCCUGAAAGAUCAAGAAGAGCAGCGUCGUAAGGAUGAAGAAGUUCAACUUGUCGACAAGAUUGUGUCGGAAAUGGAGGCAGACCAGAAACGCCACGAGAAGAAGAAAGAACAAACCAGGCGUGCUAUGCGGAAGGUCUUCGAGCAGAAUGCAGAGGAUCAACGCAAACGCGACCAAGCUGCUAGAGAAGCCAAGGAGAAAGAAGCUGAGACCAUCAAGGAGUACAACCGGGUCCUGGAUGAACAAGAGGAAGCCAAGGCCAAAGAAUUAUCAGAGCGCAUGGAGAGGCAAGCGCAGCUCAUGAAGAAACUGCAGGAAAAUGUGAGCUCGAUCCGCCAAGAGUCGGGGGACGCGGAUGCCACCCGAGCCAGAGCUCAGCAGGAGGAGCAAGAUAGGCACUACUUCGAGGCCGAGGCCAUCAAGCAGCAGCGGUUGAAACAGAUGCGGCUGGAAAACCAGGCGUAUCUGUUGAAACAGAUGCAGGAAAGGGACAGUCGAAAAGACGACGACAAGUAUUUGACGGACAUCCAGGCUCAGAUCAUGGAACGCGACACCCAAGACUUCAACACGGUGGAAAAACAAAAGGUCAUCGAUCGACGUGAGCGAAGUGUUGCUUACCAAAAGGAAAUCAUUAAACAGAUGGAAUGGAAGGCAGCCCAGCGUGAAAUUGAGAUGUCUGACACAGAGGUAGCUUUGAACAAGCCCUUGCUUGAUCUGGUCGAUCGCACAUUAGAGCAACGAGAUCAAAACAUGUCGCCUGGUUGA